CAUGUCAAAGAACAACAACAGCCGGUUGGUGCAGUUGACACCGCGAUGCUAAAACGAUUGCAACAACUUAAUACCGACUAUUCAGCUGUGCUCAAAACGGCGAAUGCGGAAGGAAGUUCUGUGAAAGCCAGAAGGCAAGCAGAAUAUCAACGAGGCAUCAAUAAAAUUCAAGAAUUGUUGAAAAAAGUUGAGGCUGGGAAACCGAUCGAUGAAGCGGAAAUUCCGGUUGCCAUCCCGGCCAGUGCACCGCCAGUUCAGCCCAAACCCACGACACUUCCACCACCUAUUGCACCGCGAAAGCCUUCACCUCCGACAACUCAAAAAAAUGCAUCAGCGGCAGAUACGCCCUCAGGUCCUCCUCCUCCACCUCCCCACAAACCCGUCACACCUCCCGUGCCGUCUCAUAAACCACCCACUACGGGUUCUGAAAGCAGUUCAUCGACUACGAAACUGCCGACUCCUCCUGAGCAAGUGUUGCACGCUGCUGAACAAAACGCACAGCAGCCAACGACUGGUUCACGGAAACUGGAUCUUAACCAGAUUAAAUCGCUACUGAAAACUCGACGUGAUGCAUAUAUCAGUAAUGCUCAGUUGGCUAAUUCAGUGUGUUUUGAAAUAGAUACUUGUAAAUAUUUCAUGUCAGAUGGUAACAAAACGGCCGCGUAUGAAUAUUAUACAGUGGCAAAGCAAUUUGAUGCAGCAAUUGAGGCGGUUAAAAACGGUGAAGUAACUGAAUGUGACGAAGACGAGCUGCCGCCUGCACCCACUCCAUAUCAAGCACAAAAAAAAGCUGCGAUUCCAUCAGCUCCGAAAACACUUCUGGAGGGUUUGCAGCAACGUAUGGAGAAGUACAAAAGUAUAUGUGAUCAAUGCAAGCACGAUAACAAUGAUCGUAAAUUCAGGUUUGUUAGUUUUUGUGGUUGGUUUUUCGGAGACCUCGAUCGACGGUUGGAGUUUGUUGCUAUGUUUUACGUAAGUAGAGCUGGACUGAAUAAGAUGAAACUGUUGACUAUCGUAAUGGACGAUUCGCUAAAGCUCGAUUGA